GAUACUCCUGAAGAUCAGGUGGAGCGGUAUGCACGUGUAUACCUAAUUGCCUUGGUUGGUGGGUUUCUGUUCCCCGACAAGUCAAAUAAGUGGAUACAAGGCAUGUGGUUCCCUAUGCUCCUCGGUGACUGGGACGAGAUCGGGAGAAAAAGUUGGGGGUCGGCCGUCUUGGCUGGAAUCUACCGAGAGUUGUGUACUUGCUCGAGGUUGGGAGCGAAACAAGCUGGUGGUGCGAUGUUCAUACUUCAACUCUGGGCAUGGGAGCAUCUUCCGUUUCUCGCACCUCAAGACCCUCGGGAAUUCUGGUUGCCAGAUGAUGAGCUACGAUUUGUAGCAAAUCCCCCAUAUGGUUUCAAUUGCCGGUGAUCCUGUGAAAGUAUGGUUGAGGAGCAACUGUGGUUGUUCUCUGCUGUCCGCAUGACCCAGACCCCCUUUCUCUUCAUAUAUGCAGCACGAAGUUGCCACAUACAACCCUCUCCAGCAUUCUUACAAAUGACAUGCAGUUGUCCCUUG